GGAAACUCUCCGUGUUGCUUACAAGAACUACCUGACCUACAUUAGGUGCUAAGGCAAUUCUCGCCUGGGGACCAAGAACUGGAGGCAGAAACUGGGUCGACUGCCUUUCGCUGAUAUACAUUCCCUUGUCAUACAAUGCCGUAGUCGAUCGACCAUAUGCCGUAUCCGAACGUGCAUCAUCGACACCCUUCCCGCCGUGUCGUCGCCUCAUCUUCGUGUCGACCUCUACCGACAGUAGUACAGGUAUCCUCCAUACACGUCUACCACCUGACUGCAGACAUAGGCAGACAGACACGCACUCACGUACACACACGCACACGCACACGCACACGCACACGCACACGCACACGCACACACACACACACGCCAUGGCUCUUCUCUCGCCGCAGCUGCGCAAGCACUAUCAUCCGCGCACGCCCCAGGGCCGUCAAGCGCUGCUGGCCCAGGGCAUCGACCUCGUCCGCAACAUCCUCUUUGCCCUCUUCGUGUUGCGCCUCACACGAAAGACGCUCCUCCAGCUGCGCGGCUAUGGCCUCCUAGGAUGCAUUCAGAGCCUCUACACCACUAUCUACCGCCGCCUCUACGCCCUCUUCUUGCGCCUGCCAUUUGUGCAGGCUAAGGUGCAAGCCGAUGUCAAGAAAGCCAUCGCUGAGCUACAGAGCAAGCUGGUCCCUUCAGGACCCGGCGUGGUCAAUUACACCACGUUGCCUGCGCAAGGUUGGACGUCGGCACAAGUGCGCGCAGAGCUGGAGAGGCUGGGCGAUAUGGAACACACCAGAUGGGAAGACGGAAGGGUCAGUGGUGCUGUGUAUCACGGCGGGAGCGAGCUGGCGGAGCUACAGAGCGACGCCUUCAAGCGCUUCGGCGUCAGCAACCCGAUUCACCCCGAUGUGUUUCCCGGCGUUCGGAAGAUGGAAGCAGAAGUGGUGGCAAUGACGCUGGGACUCUUCAAUUCGCCUGACACUGCAGCGGGUGUGACCACGAGCGGAGGCACUGAAAGCAUUCUGAUGGCCGUGUUGGCCGCACGUCAAAAGGCGUAUCAUGAGCGAGGCAUCACUGAGCCGGAAAUGAUUCUCCCAAAUACUGCACAUACCGCCUUCCGCAAGGCAGGCGAGUACUUCAAGAUCAGGAUACAUCUCGCAGCUUGUCCAGAACCGAGCUACAAAGUCCACACGCGUUCUGUCAGUCGCCUGAUCAACUCCAACACCAUCCUACUCGUUGGCUCCGCGCCAAACUUUCCUCACGGCAUCGUGGACGAUAUUCCUGCCCUCUCGCGGUUGGCCAUUAAGCACAAGUUGCCCUUGCACGUCGACUGUUGCCUUGGUUCUUUUGUAAUUGCCUUUCUCUCCAAAGCUGGGUUUCCUUCCCCAGAUUUUGAUUUCCGCGUGCCUGGCGUUACGAGCAUAUCCGUCGACACUCACAAAUAUGGUUUUGCGCCCAAGGGAAACAGUGUGGUUCUGUACCGUACGGCCGACCUACGGAGAUACCAAUACUACAUCUGCCCGGACUGGAGCGGAGGCGUUUAUGCUUCUCCCAACAUGGCAGGAAGCAGGCCCGGCGCUUUGAUUGCUGGCUGCUGGGCUAGUCUCAUGAAUACAGGCGAGGAUGGCUACGUGCACACGGCGUUGCAAAUCGUGUCAGCUGCGAAGCAGAUCGAGGAUGCCAUUCGGACCAAAAGCUCAUUGAAGCACAGUAUCGCAGUCAUUGGCAAGCCCAUGGUCUCCGUCGUGGCCUUUCGUGCGUUGAACAACUCCAAGACCCCCAAUCUGGCUGUCGAUAUUUACGACAUUGCUGAUGCCAUGUCCGCAAAGGGCUGGCAUCUCAAUGCCUUGCAGGACCCUCCCGCGAUACACGUGGCUGUCACGAUCCCCAUCGUGAGCGCAGUGGAUGCAUUGAUCCAGGAUCUCGAGAUUGUCGUAGAAUCUUGUAAAGGUCAUGUGACCGCCAAUAAGGGCGACACAGCCGCUCUUUAUGGCGUUGCAGGAAGCAUCCCAGAUAAGAGCAUUGUGAAAGAUCUCGCUACUGGAUUUCUCGAUACGCUAUUCCACGUCUAGAAUUGGCGAGCGACGCACCAUGUCCAUCACCCAACCACCCACCCACCCACACUCUCUCUGCACUGCUGCACUGUAUACGUUCUGUGGUCAUAUGGACCUCUGUUGUAUUCUUUUGCCUGAGCCAAGAAGCUACUCCCGCCUCCAUUGCCGGCAGCUCGCCCUACGGACGCCUUUUGGCGUUACGAACUUACCAGAAUGGCUGUGCGGGCACCUCGAUCUCGUCGUCGGAGCGGUAGUCUUCUGAGACAACGGAAGUUCCUCGAUUGUUGAUUCCCAUGUCGUCCAUCUCCAUGAUCGUAUCAUUGACACGCUCUUGCAGCUCGUCGGCUCGGCUCAGAUCAUGCGUCUCCCAACAAACCUCCCACCAGUAGCUUUGCGCCUCGAUCAUCUCCUUUGCCGAACAUGCCGAAGCUCGACUUAUGCCCACGACUAGAAGACUGCGAGCCCAGAGGUGCUUUAACAAGGACCUGUACUUCGCUGAGCGUCAAUGUCAUACCUGGUCUCUCGGUAUCAACAAUCUCAACGACUCGCUUUGCAAGCACAUGAUGGACUGUGAACACUUCACUUGGGACUUGCAUUCGGAAAGAUGGUGGACCGCCAUCACUAUUUAUGGAGGCGAUGAAGUCGUUGAUCGCGCCCAUGGGAGAUAUCGCGUACUUGGUUCCAGGCUGCACAAGCGAUAUCUGAGCAUCGUAAACGUGGACGACGUAGUGAAGACACGCUUCAGCGAGAACUCUCUCGCGUGUCUUGACGCUGUAUCUCGACCUAUCAGGGCCCUCCUCUCCCGCUGGCACGACGACCUUCAGAAGUUGUCCCGUGGCAUUUUCUCGAAUGAGAAUUUCCAGAAAGGGCCGUGUGGUUUUUGACGUUGAACCCGAUUGACCCAUACUUGCAAUAUCAGCGAGCUUUGCAGCAUCUUCCGUUGAUGUUGUCACCCGGGAGAAAAAGUCUGUCCGCAGGCUAGUUUGGCGGAGCUCAGCCUGUAGCGCGAUCGGAUCUUGAGGAGCGAAGCUGAGCUCCUCGUUCUUAUCGCCAGGCCGAAGGAGCAGUACGCCUGCCUGGCCUACUAGCUUAAGCUGGGAGCAUUUUGGUCCAAUAUCAUCAUCUUCCUCUUGAGCCUGCUGCUUCAGGCUUUCACUACGCAGCAGCUCGCCAAAAGGGUGAUUUUCCGUGGUGAUCUUCGUUGAAGGCUUCAAAUGAGGGAGCUGUGGGCUUGCACCGCCAUCUCUGUUGUCAGCAUUGCGAUCACUCAGCAUUUGCCCACUCUGGCCAGCUUCUCCGCUGUUCUGCUGCCGCGGCUUGUUCUUUGGCAAUGGCCAAGGCUCCGGUAGUCCCAGAUUCACCUUAUUGUUGCCUUUCUUGGCCUUUGAGCCGCAGCCUGCCCUUUGACCCAUCGUGUCAUAUUUCUUCGUGGAUUCCUCUGGCUUUGGCGACUGUAUUUCUUCGACAAUGGGCGCCGCUGCGGAGUCACGCCCUAAUAGUGCCGCUGCCGCGUACGACCUUCUGAUUUGCGGCACAGGCUGCGUGCUUGUCUCCGAUAGUAAGCUUGGCCUGCACAUCUGUGAAGCGAUAACGUUGAGCUCCUCGGGGUCUAUGGCGUUGGCGCCGGUCUGGAACUCCUGCGACGGGUUCCAGAGACACUGUCCAAGCAUACUUGGCCCGGAGCCAAAGUCAGGUUCCAGCUUUGUCGGAGAAGAGCCUUGGUCAGAUUGCUGCAAAGGGAUCAAUGCUCCGGUAGUCGAUGAUUUGGGAGCAUGGAGUUUGCUCGAACAAGCGUCCUCGGUUUCAUUCACUUCGACAAGGGUUAGAUUUUCAUGAUCUGCUCCAACCGUUGAAGCCGUAUGAUUUACAGCUGAGCGCCCAUAGUCGUCUUUUCUGGCCACUUCCGAAGCUAAACAUGUGCUCUUCAACAUAUGGGCUUGGGACACAGAUUCGCCACCCGCUGCCCGUCUUACCACUCGCUUGUCUCUGGAGCGCUGUCCGCUCUGUAUGGGCACCCGGUUCUGAUUCGCCCACUGGGCCGUACUCGUCGCAUCGGCAGUAAGACCGUUUCGGUCUACCCUCGCAUAUACCGCAGAGGUGGUAUCAUGUUCCCACUGAUGGGAAACUGCACUGCCGGGCGUUUGCUGUUCCGACGAUUCGCGUAUCAGGGAAAUAUUGAUAGAGUGUUGUGGCGAAUGCCGUCCUUGGUUUACUUCAUCGCAGGCACUGGGUUCGAGUACUGCGGACGAGGGGUAACGACUGUAGUUCCCACUGUAAUUCGUCAUGGCCAGAGCAUUGGGUCUUGCUGCAUUGGGCGUGGAACGUAUCUGGGGCAGCAUAGCG